AUGAGCUCUGCUGGUGUCGGGGAGCUGUAUUUCAUUGAUGGUAUCAUAAAUUCACAGUGUAUACUGCUCUGUAUUGAAAGAGAAGAUGCUACCAUCACUCCGUGCCCUUGGUCGUCGUGCACUUUUCCAACAUGACAAAAAUCCAAAGCACACAUCUAAGGCCACUGUUGCAUUUCUGAAGAAUAACAGGGUGAUAGUGAUUCAGUGGCUAAGUAUGUCUCCUGAUAUGAACCCAAUCGAACACCCAUGGGGAAUUCUGAAGAGACAAGUUGAGCAUUACUCUCCAUCCAGCAUCCAGACU